GUAGCAGACAAAGAAGCAUUAAUAUUUAGUGCUGCCUCUUGUGUCUGCGGCGAUGGAGGGGCGAAACGGCAAGUGGGUGAACGUGGACUAUACGAACCGCAUUAUGGAGGAGUCGGCGGCGCUGCCGCCGGGUGGAUCAGCCGCAGCCUCCGCGACUAACAGCGGGCUGGACGACCUGACGCCAUUUCUCCCAGCGUCCGAUGGCCAAUACGAUCGCUCCAUGUCGUCUCUGAACUCAUCGUCGGCCUCUUCAGCCCGCGGCGAGCCUCCAUCCAACAUCCAGGUGACUGUCAGUGAGCCUGUGAAGCAAGGAGAGGGUAUGAACGCCUACAUUUCGUACAAGAUUAGCACUACAACGACGCGUCCGCAGUUCUCCAAGAGCUCUUUCUCCGUUGUACGUCGCUACAGUGAUUUUGUAUGGAUCCAUGGCCACUUGAGUGCCUUGUACCCCGGGGUGGUAGUGCCUCCGUUGCCCGAGAAGCUGCUAGUAGGACGCUUCUCACCCGAAUUCAUUGAAAGCAGACGCAGAGCGCUACAGCUAUUCCUACAGCGCUGCUGUCUACACCCUGAACUACAGCACAGUGAGCACCUCACCACCUUCUUGGAAGCCAGUGAGGAUCAGCUACAGGCAUUUCGUAAAGAUCCACGUCAUGCAGCGCCCAAUGCCCAGCGGGGAGUGCUGUUCCAAUGGCUAGACGACACAGUGAACACCAUCUCGUCCACUUUAAUCACACCUGCAACGAACUUGCCGAAGACCCCAGCGGACAUUGAAGUGGAGGACAUGAUGGCUUACAUUGAAGGGCUGGAACCAAUAAUGACAGGGCUGCAUAAGCACGCCCAUGGGCUCACAAAGCGCGCCCGGGAGAUCGCAGACGGACUGUUUGAGUUUGGAGUAUCAUUUACGUUAUUGGGCAAGUCGGAGGAGAACCCGUCGCUACAGGAAGGACUGAACCAUAUCGGACAUUGCUCGGACAAGCUGUCGAUCUUGGCUGCUGAACAUGCCGAGCGUGAGGCGCUGCACUUUGAAGAGCCGAUAUUCGACUACAUUCGUCUGGUUGGGGCUGUGAAGGCUGCUUUACAGAAGCGGAAUGAAGUGAGAUGUGCAUAUGGCGCUGCAGUGGCCAAUCUGGAAGCCAAGGAAGCGGCGUUGUCGAAGUUGCUCAAGCAUACGCGAGGUGGGUCUUCAGAGGAGAAGGUUCAAGUGGCUGAGAGCGAAGUACGCACGGCACAGCAACAAAUGGAAGAUGCGAAGCUGGAAGACGACAUUGUCACGGAACGCGUGCUACGGGAAGUGGAGCGAUUCAAACGUGAGAAGCUGGCAGACUUUAAGCAUAUUAUCUUGGACUACAUUCAGAUGCAGAUCGAGUACAGCAAAAAGGUCGAAGAAGAGUGGCAAAAAGUCAUCCCACACCUCACCAUGAUCCAUGUGGAGAAUGGCGGGUCUCCGGUGUCGUCUAUGAGUCCCGUUUCAGAAGCUACCAAUGGGAGUUUCCAGGAGAGAGACGCACAUUCAGCUUCUAUUGGUCCGGUCAUUCAGGAGGACUACAUCCCGUCGAAUGGAGAUCUGGCGGAUAGUCUGGCGGAUCUAACGCUGAUGGCAAACGACAGUGCUGAUGAGGAUCCAUUCCAGCGCUCUCCGUACGGCUCUCGGCCUCUGGAAGACUCGAACCCGGACGUGUCACUAUAGGAGAGGCCUGUGAUGGAAGAGCCUCUUGUGUUUGACGAUCGAUUAUAUUUUAAUGUAAGCAAGGAAACUUAA